AGAUAUUUGACCUCCGCAGAGCGGCGUUUCAAAGUGGGCGUCACCAAGUGAAUUCCGUAAAGGCUGAAAACUGUGUUCUGCUACUUCGACGUUGACAACGAAAUCUAAGGACUGUAAGGGCCAGUUUCAGCAUGGGUCUAGUCGAAGCCAUCCACCCCUCCCUCGGGACCAUAGACUACAGACAGCCGAUGGUCAAACUGGUCUUCAUCGGUGGUUCGUUUCUGUUUCUCUCCACCGUAUUUCUGGUCGGCGCCCAGGGAUCCAAAUGGCUUAAACCGUACCAGAACUUGCCAUUAAGAAACAAGGUGAUUUGGAACAGGAGAUGUGUCAGGGCUAUCUUUGGGCUGUUUGGAACAGUGGUGGGAAGCUGGGUCAUCUGGUGGGACGAGGUUGCCAAUGAGACAACACCGACUGGCUUCGUUGCGGUCUACGUCGCACUUGGCUAUUUCCUCUUUGACACACUAGUCCUCUUAUCCAUUGAACUCAUGACAGAAAAAAAUGAUAUCCUACAAAUCGGCCACCACUGUUUAGCAUUGCUCUUAAUGAGUUUUGCUGCCUACUACGAGUGUUUGCAAUACUUUGUUGUGAGUGGUUUAUUUCUUGAAAUGGUUAUGCCCUUUGACACGCUCUGCUAUAUCCUAGCAAAAUGUGGGAGGGCGAAAUCCAUGAUUUGGAAGGUCGGUCAGGCAGCCCAUAUCCACACUUACCAUCUUCGAUCAGCUGUCGAGUGUUUCACGUGGGUCCAGAUCUACCGACACUGGAACCAUGUGUGGAAAAACACGCCUCUCCCACUUUUAUUCACGUACUUGUUUUGUUUGAGUAUGGUCACGUUUGUCAUGACCCCAUACUGGGGCUAUAAGGAGACGGAUAGACUUUUCAAAUCAAUUCAUAACUACCCGAUCCCGAAUCAGGAACAAGAAAACCGAGUUCAAAAUGGUGAUGUUAUCCACGAAAAAGACAUGUGA